AUGGCUUCUGAAGCUCCAGAAAUCCCAACCUUUGGGCAGCGGUAUGCCAUUCUCAACUUGGACUGGAUGGCACUGCUUCUGGGUGCUGUUGAGAGUACACCCGAGGGUCAAGCAUUGAUCCAGAACUACACUAAAUGGAAUGACGCCGUCCACAAAAAAUCAUCUCGUCCUUUGACUAUCUUCACGACACUCGCUUUUGCCCAUGGCCAACCGGAAGUGAAGCGUGGAAAGCCUUUUGCGAAGCUUAUUACUCCGUUUGGAGAAUUCAAGACUGGUACUCCUGAAACUCAAAUUGACAAACGCUUUACCUUGGAUGAGCACGAUGUUGUCCUUGAAAAGACAAGGUGGUCAGCGACAUCUGGUAAUGCCUUGAAACAAAUCUUGAAAGCACAGAAUAUCGACACAGUGAUCAUUUCUGGUCUGGCUCUAUCUGGCGUGGUUAUGAGCACGAUCUAUCAUCUUUUCGACCUUGAUUACGAUAUUUAUGUGAUCGAAGGCAACGUGCUGGAACUACCCCCAAGUGACACACCCGAGUUCAAAGAGCUUUUUCUUCAAAAUGUUCUCUCCCGAAUGAACCUGCAUGUUAUAUCGCUCGAUACUGCCUUGCGAGCACUUGACCAGAGUGCUUAG